AUGUCACCAAAAAAGGGUCAAGCACCAUCCUUACCGGGCCUACCAACGUAUGACUCCUCCGCCUCCUCCUCCAGUAGCUCAGAGCCAGAACCAGAAGACUACAAACCAAAGGUCAAGCAGGAAGCAGCCGCAACCCAACAAGUAGCCGCAACCCAAGAUGUAGAGCCAGUCCAAAAGGCAGAGCCAACCCAAGAAGCAGAAGCAGCGCCAGGAGUCGUGGGAUACACCUGGCCACCGCCGGGCUCACCCACAGAGUCCGACACCGACGAACCCGAACCCGAACUUGAUCCACUUUCAGAUGAUAUAAAUUGGGAUGCCGACGAAGAACCACACGGAAACGAUGGAAACGAGGGGGAAAACGAAGGAGAACCGCAGACCAGCUUCGUCGGGGCCCAGAACCCCAUACUCGAAGAGCCCAUAGAACGUCCACCUGCGAAUAAGCCGAAGAGAAGAGGUAUGCCAGUCGGUAUUGCCCCGCGAGCAGGACACACAGAUGCGGAAACGGGUAUGGAGGAUGACGCCCCAGAUGCUGCUGUAGCCCGCGCGGUAGCUGCAGCAAAGAAACGAAAACGCGAGGAGGAAGAGAAGAAUAAGCGCAAGGCUCCGCCAAGGAAGAAAGUACGCGUGGUGUCACCGGAGGAUGACGACGAGUUAUCGGAUGCGCCGUCGAAUCCCGAACCUCCUUCGCCAGUUGCGGCUGUAGUUGAGAAGGGGAAGAAGGGGAGGAAGACCAACAACAGUAAGAAGGAAAACGCAAAGGCGGGAUCAAAGAAAGCCCCUCCUAAAAAACCGACAAAAAAAGCCAAGGAAGGCGGUAAGAGAAAGAAGGGUGAGAAUAUGCAGAAAGUGAAGUGUAGUGGAAGAACGACGAAAGGCGAGCCGUGUAAGAAUGAGAAGAAUGUGAAGGAGGGAGAUGACUAUAAUUGCGGGAAGCACAAGUCUGAUAAGUGA